UCACACUUUCCUCUGCCCUCUCUCGAAGAGAGAGAGAACGCGCGGAAAACCGCGUUUGGUAAACUCGAACAAAAGCAAGGCCAGGCCAAGCAUCAACAUUAUUCAACCACAACAAAAAUUUAUAAUCUCAAUUCUUCCUUGUCUUCUUCUCCCAUUUCCCUUAAAACCCCCCCGAUUCAUCUUCUUCACUCAUCACUCAUCGCCAUGGAACCUCUGAUUUCACGAUUAGCCCUUUCUCUGCUGCUUUUCCUCCCAUUUUGCUUCGGGAUUCGGACUUUUCGCUCCGGCGAGGAUUUCGGCCGAUUUUUUGAGGCGCCGGGGUACCGGAAUGGCGCCGAAUGUCCGGCUUCCUCCGGCGACCCGUCCUUGGUGCACAUCGCAAUGACCUUGGAUUACAACGUCAAAGAUAGCUGCCGGACACUGCAUCCGGGUCCGGUGAGUUUGCUCCAUUGGAGCGGGAAGGGGAAGCCGUGGGUCAGAUUAGACGCUAACAAACCUUGCCUUCUGGAUCAUCUAUGGCAACCCUACGAUCUGUACAGACUUCCGCGCAUUGAAAACAGAGCACAAGAUUCGGCUUCACCAACACCCUCAUCGUCUUCGACAUUGAUUAAUUAUUUAAGUUAUUAGAUUUGGAGAUAGAAUUCUUUGGUACAGAGUCACCAAUUCUUUCAUUGAUUAGCGGUGUACAGAUUUGGGAGAUGGGUUCCGUCACAAGUCGCAGGGGAAGAAGAUCGAUUAGUGAGACCGAUCUGGUUUCACUUUUAAUUAACCCUUUUUUAUUUACACAGGAUUAAAAUUCCAUCAUUCUAUUCAAUUUAUAUUGGAGAUUUUUGUGUGUUUUGUGGGGUUGGAUUCUUUUUGUAUGUAACGAGAGGAAGGAAUUGAUUAUUCAGAUUUUUGUUAUCGGAAAGAAAAAUGAAUAACAGGCUGGUUAUUCUUAUUCUUAUUCUUA